GGCUCCUGCCCCGUCGCCUCGGCCCGGAUCGGGAAGUGUCAAGUGGUAGCUGGGUUACCCCGACUUCGCCGCUACCACCGGUGCCCCCGGACCCCCUGUCCAGGCCCAGGCCCAGUCGCCAUGACGAACGUGUACUCCUUGGAUGGGAUUCUCGUGUUUGGUUUGCUCUUUGUCUGCACCUGUGCCUACUUCAAGAAAGUACCUCGUCUCAAAACCUGGCUGCUAUCAGAGAAGAAGGGAGUUUGGGGUGUGUUUUACAAAGGUAAGAUAUCUGUUCAGGGAGAGAUUGCCAUCUCUGGACAGCGAGGUGCUUCAGAAUGGGGCUGCUGUGAUUGGAACCAGGCUGCAUGCUGCUGUGGCAAUCGCCUGUGUUGUAAUGGCCUUUUACGUCCUGUUUAUAAAAUGAAUCCUAAAGCAUCCAUUUCACCAACUGCCAACCAGGGGGAUGAGGGUGAAGAACCUGUCGGGGCCUGGGCCCAGCGUAGGAGAGCUCAGCUAAAAUCAUCAAAGUCCCCAGGAUGACACCACAGCAUCUGUCCCUACCAUAUGUGGGGAAAAUUCCUCAUGGUUACAAACAUUAUGCUUCAGGGGACUCCAAAAAGCCAACUUCCUUUGACCUGUGUGUAAAUCAGUCCUCAGCAGAGAGCAUCUAACGUCCAGAUAAGUUACACCCCUCAGUGAUACGAUUACUUGUCUCCUGCUUAAAAAUCUGUCAUCUAUUUUGUUCUUCAGUCCCUCAUCAGAUCUUUUCAAACUGAAGCUCAUUAGGGAAGGACAUAGGCUGUGGUCAAACUUCUUGGAAGGAGAAAGAAUUUUCAAGACUUGACUUUUUUUUAACAGUUUGAUUUGGAUUUGGGAAAUUGCAGGGGGCUGGGGGGAGGGGCAGGGUGGGAAAUAGGCAUUAUACAACGCCAAGAAACUUCUUGGCUCUGAAAAUUUGUCUUUCAUAUACCCAUCUGGGGACAUAAGAGAGACGCAUGAUCCUCACUGCAAAAAAGAAAACAGAUGAAACAGCUAUGGUUGUGUGCUGGUAGCUCAGGAGUUUUGCCAAGAGAAUCUGGGCCUGAAUAAAAUUUGGAAAUUAUCUUUCUGUGAUGAGACCAGAAAGGAGUAACGUAGACAAGAAACAUUGUUCUGUUCACCAGUAUUCCCUAAAGGAAACUUCACUCCAUCAAAUGGUAUAUGGAAACUGUUGCUACUCCUAAAGCUUUUAAAAUACUUUCUAAAUUAGUGAGUGCUCAAUACUGUUACUGUUUUAAAUGCCACCACUAGGGGAAAGAGAAACUAUUGAAGAAAUAAUUGUUUAAUAUAUUUGCUGUUAGGGUAGAAAAAAAUAAACAAAUCUAGUAUAUUAAUUUGUAUACUAGUAAAGUUCAUCUAGAAUUUAUUGUGAUGUUAGAUGGAAGUUUUGUCAUGUUUUUCAAGAUACAAACUUAUUCUUUGUUUAAAUCUGGGUUAUUAUGGGAAUUUUUAGUUGUGUUUCUUGGCCCACUCUUAAUUUUUUCUUAAUAUUGCAGUAUUCUAUAGCUGUUUCUUGGAAAUUAUAAGAACAUGAGAAAUUAGAAUGAAUGAGAGAAGUUGCUGACCAUGCAUAGACAUGUUUGGACAGUUCAUAGAAUCCAUGAAUGAAAUGAGGGUUCUUCUAAAGUAGAGGAAAACAGAGGUUUGCAAUUGAGGUUGUUGGACUUUUCCAUGGAGUAUGGUAACUCCUGAGCAAAUAAUUUUAGAUGAUUCAACAUUUGAAGGGAAGACUUAUCCAUUUCCUCCUUCUCAUAUCUGCAGAAGGAUUAACUGUUGCAUUUAUGAAGUACAGAAUUUCUCUAUUUAAAAAAAAAAAAAGAAUUGGUCUAAAAUUAAAUUAUUGUAAAAAGCAAGCAUAGACAGAGGUCUACCAGUUGAAUUGCUCACUAAAGUAAAAUUUGUGGACAAGUUAGCUGUGGUUGACCCCUUUGUGGUAGUAAAUUGGCUUUUGUUUUAUUCCAAAAGAACAAAAGCUGCUAGGAAGUUUAGGUUCUGAAAUAUGCAAUUUAGUGCUUUGAGGGUUCCUAGAAGUAUAGAAAGUCAUCAAAUAAACACUACAUGUCUGAUCAGCUGGGAGUUGUGGCUGUUAUCACUACAGGAAUUGGUCCACAAGGUAAAUGUCAAUGAUUGAUAUGUUGUGCGUUGUCAUUUCUGAGGAUCUUUCACAUGAGAGAAAGGAAAGCUAGUGGAACAGAAGGAAGAGUUACACCUUGUAGGUGUGAGUUUGGAACCUGUUGGCCAGUGGGAAUGUCACUCCCUGGAAAUACAGGUUCAGCAUGUUUUGCACUUGUUAUUUUGUAGCUUUAAUGACUUUUGUUUUCUAAUAGGGCUACUAUCUCUAAGCUUGGUGCUUAGAGCUGUUUCAUAUUUUAAACUCGUCCCAUUGCACAGUUCUAGUUUGUUCAAGUCAAUUUUUACAGCCUCCUGGGUGGGUCAGCUUGACCUAAACUCUUGAACUGUUAUAUUUGAGAUGUUUUCUUGCCAGAAUGUACCAAAAAGUACACGAAGUAAAGGUAAUUUACAGCAAGAAACAAACACACAGCUUACUUCAUGUCGACUUUAUGUGAGCAGAUAAGCAGAAACCUAUUUAACUAAUUACUUUGAUUGAUGUGUCGUAUAUUUUUAACUGAAAAUUGUAGGAAGUUGUUCCUCUAAGGGAGUCUUUUAGGUGUGGAAGAAUGGGAUAGCAAUAUUGCCUCAGAUUCAAACUGGCAUCACCAUAAACCCUUAUACUGAGGUGGAAUGAAGUCAGCUUUUUAUAGUUGAAAUAAAAAUUUUUUAUUCAC